AUGGUGGUUUCCAGCGGCUAUAAAUUGAGGCUUCUCCUACCUAACAAAUGCAACCCACGCCUAGAGAGCAAGCUUCCUCUCAUACCUGCAAAAGCCCAGCAACCUCGUGCACUAUUCACCAUCUUCUCCAUUCUUCUCUUCUGGCAGACAGAGUAUCUGUCAAGCUGCCAGAAGAGCAGUGUUCUUUAUUUCUCCCUUUUCUUAGCCAAAUCUCUCACAAAACUUCUCCUUUCUUACCCUAACACUUCCUCUUCCCUCAAAGCAAGCCUAAAUUUCCUCUUAGUGCUAAACUCAUGUUGA